UUUCGUUCCACUGUAUCCUCUCUCUUUCUAUGUGAUUCGCUUCUUCUCUAGAUUUCCAUGGUUAUUCUGCUAUAGAUACAGCCCAUAUGAUUGCUGAUGACCAUGUCGUAGAUGUCAAAAUCAUACAUAAAAAGUAACAGAGAAGGAAAAGAAAUUGUAAGAAUCAUCACGUUUCUUCAUAAAAGGAAAUAUGAAAAAAAAGAAAGAGAAGACAAAUUGCCAUUAUAUCUUUCUUCACUUUCUGAAAAACGAAGUUUAUGAUCUGUAGAUGUGGGUUUUCAAUGUGGCUAAAAGGACUCCAGGCAUAGUAGAAACUAGAAAGGGUACAGAAAUAAAGUAGACAAGAUGUUAAACGAGGACUUCUCGCAUGACAUUAGAAAUUAAAAAAGAAUUUACGACUUAAGCUAGUAUAGAAAACUUCAAUUUUUAGCACUGAUUAAUGCUAGAAUUUAUCAUGGGACCAGAUAUUUGAGAAUACGUUUUUCUAUUUCUUUUAGUGAGAAUACAUUUGUUAGACUUUUAGUGAGAAUGCAUUCUUAUAAAGUACCACGAAUUUGUGUUGCAAUAUUUUCUAUUUAUAUUGUCAUUGUUGGUUGUGGUUUUUGCCUGAAUGUAAAGAGCAAUAUACUUGGAUUUCCGGCUGGACUUUGCCCAAUUGUUGGAGUUGGUGGACAUAUAAGUGGUGGUGGCUACGGUUCACUGUUGCAAAGAUAUUGCCUGAUGGUGGAUAAUGUUCUUGAUGCUCAGAUUAUCGAUGUUAACAGCCAGGUUUUGGAUAGAAAAGCAAUGGGAGAAGAUCUGUUUGGGGCUAUUAGCGAUGGUGAAGACUGAGGCAGAGAAUGCAAUAGAUGUUCUUUACAAAUGGCAAAAUAUUGCAGACAAAAUUGACAACGAUUUGUACAUUAGCAUUAUUGUGCAGCCAAUUACUGGAAAAGUAAAGGGUCAGAAAAUCAUUAGAUUGACAUUCAUGGGACAUUUCCUUGGAGAUGCAAAUAGGUUGAUUUCUGUUAUGAACACUGGAUUUCCUUAAUUGGGAUUGAAGAGAAGUGAUUGUUUGGAAACAAGUUGGAUUGAUACGAUGCUCUGGUGGUAUAACUACAAGAUUGGGACAGCAAAGGAAGUGCUAUUGAGAAGGGCUUAUGAUCAAUUGAUCUUCUUGAAGAGAAAAUCAGAUUAUGUACAGAACCCCAUUCCUAAAGAUGGAUUAGUAUCACUAUUCAAGAAAAUGGUUCAGCUUGGAAAAACAGGACUUGUUUUCAAUCCUUAUGGUGGAAGAAUGAGUGAAAUUCAUAAGAAUGAAACACCAUUUCCUCAUAGGGCGGGGAUCAUUUUCAACCUGCCAGAUUGAUGAAAGUGAAGGCUACCAUGGAUCCACAAAAUUUCUUCAGGAAUGAACAGAGCAUCCCCACUUUGAACCUUCAGACCUCUAAAGGGAGGAAGGGACGAAAGUAAAGAGCAACAAAUGAUAAUUGCUCAUAUAGUAAUGGUUAUCAAGUAGCAGAGGUGCCUUGUCCUAUUAAUGGCUUUAGCAUAAAAUGUAAUGUUAAUGAAUGGAUAUAGUGAGCAUUACUUUUGUAGUAUUGUAGUACCGAAUGGUUGGUUGUGCAUUAAAGAGGCAAAAGUCGUACAUUCAUGGAUUGAUUUCACUUAUUACAGACCUUAUUGUCUA